GGAAGACACCCCAAGGUCACAGAGAGCAGAUCACAGGAGCUGUUAGUGGCCGCUGCAUCGCAGAGUCCCACGUAACUGGAAAGGGUUUUGUUAUUGGUCCCUUCCUCCUUCGAGGGAAAGUAGUAUUUUAACACAUCGCCAAAAUGAGUGAAAGGAGAGACCAAGAUGAUCCAGCAGAUGUGGAAGAUAUAACAGAAAGUGUAGAGUAUGAAGAUGACUUUGAAAAAGACCUUGAGUKGCUAAUUAACGAAGAAGAAAAAGAAAACCCUGCAGAAAGAGAGAAUCCUGAACAAAAUGCAGAGGAAAUUGAUACAAUUAGUGAUAAAGUUGUGGAGGACUUUGAGGAAGGGGAAUACAGUGAGGAAAGAGAAGAAAAUACAGAUCAGCAUUCUGGRACAAACACAGAUGUGAAAGUGAGUCUGCCCAAUGAAGAACCUUUGGUAUCCGUGUCUGAUGCUAAAGACGAGGAGCCUGUAUCUGACUCCGACAGUGAGUGCUCUAUCCAGGAGUCCAAACUGGAAGAUGAAAAGGACCUAGAUGAGGAAGAAGAUGAAGAAAUAAAGCGCUACAUCUUGGGAAAGAUUGAAGAAGCCAACAAACUGCUGGAGAAUCAGGCUCCUGUGGAUGAGAAUAGAGAACGAAAAUUAAAAUUUAAGGACACAUUGGUAGAUCUAGAGGUUCCUCCUCUAGAAGACGCAGAUGUUUAUAAAGCUGAUCUUGCAGGAGGAGACGAUGUUUCAAGUAGGCUCUCUCAGCUCCAUAUUUCUAAUGCUGYGGGACAGGAAAGCACAGUGCUUUCACCACAUAGUGGCAAGGAUGAGGAACAGAAGGAUGGGAAGAUCCUAGUGGAAAAAGAUGGAAAGUUUGAACUGUUGAGUUUACGUGAUAUUGAAAGCCAGGGCUUUUUGCCCCCAAUAAGUGUUUCUUUCACUGAUAUCGAGACUCAACAUACAACUUCCAAAUCUUCACACCAGAGUUCUUGUGGCACUGUCGCUCGAACGAAGGAAGCACCUGGAGCAGGAGCAGGAGUACAGUCUUUCUCUGCUGCUGAAGAGGAGUGUGUGUACUUCCCUAAACCUCCUUCCAAGCCUAAGUGUCGUCCAAAUUCUGCCAUCGGGUCUGCGAGAAAUCUGGGAAAACGUAAGACUCCCCAGAGAGCACAGUCUGCAAACGCGCCUACAAGAGGUUCCACUUACUGCCUUUCUCCCAGGCAAAAAGAGCUCCGGAAGCAGCUGGAGCAAAGGAAGGAGAAACUGAGGAAAGAGGAAGAAGAGCGGAAAAGAGAACAAGAAGAACAGAAGAAAAGAGAGAAUGAGAUGGUCUUUAGAGCUUGGUUACARAAGAAGAAAGAACAAGUACAAGAGGAAAAGCGAAUUCGGCGUGCAAAGGAGCUAGAGGACUUGAACAGCAAAGAGAGUAGCAGGAAUCCAGAAGAAGCCUUCAAGUUAUGGCUUAAAAAAAAGCACCGAGAACACAUAAAAGAAAAACAGUUAGAAUUUUUGAGACGCCAAGCGGAGGGCAUGACCUUUUUUCCAAGAACAGAGGAAUGCAACAGAGCCUUUAAAGAAUGGCUAAAAAGAAAGAGAGAAGAAAAACGAGCCGAAGAGCUGGCAGCUAAAGAGCGAGUAAGGCAGCUCCGGUUAGAAGCCCGAAGAGCGAAACAGCUGCAGAACAUCCGCUGCCUAAGUUCGGAACCUAAAGCCUUUCGCUUCACAGACCAGUACAGCUGAAGGUUUGAUGUAACCACAGACUUCUUUGGGGCAACUUUUGUACUUCUUAGGGCUUGAGCUUUUGGUCUUUACAGCUACUGCCCUUUUGUGGUAUUUUAAAGCUUUUAAGCAAGUUAAUAAUUCUUCUCACUGACAAUGAAUAAAUGCUACCUAUUUAUUUGUAUUUUUUUGGUUGUUGUUGAAAAGCCUGCUUUUAUUGAUAACUCAGGGAUAUUCUUGGUUUGACCAAAUCUAAAGGAGAGAUCAAUAUGCAAGGGUGGCCAAUAUGAAUUCCUGUCUUUAAGAAGCACUUUAUAACAAACUCCACCACAAAUUCCUGGAUGCAGGCUCUUAUGUAAAGUGUUGAACUUCUGUGGGAUUAAUAGUGCUGUUUGCUUCUGCUUGUGAAAACUGCACCCUGUCAUGUCCUUGGAGUAUGCCAGUUCCCGAGGCUUUGAGAUGCYAUGUGCUGCUGACCUCUGGACUAGCUGUUUGUUGCACUGUAGCUUAAUCGGUGGAAAAUUUUAAUCCCAAGACCCAGAGGGCUCACAGAAGGUUGCAAUAACCUUGCAACAAUUUUUGAAAUAUAUAUGUGAGCCAAACUGACCCAUCCACAUUCAGUUGUUUCCUACUCUGUCAAGUUAAAGGUGAUAUUCAGUGUGAACAUGUAUUCCUUGGAUAUUGGUAUACAGUUUUGUUUGCUAAAUCAUUUUAAUAAGUGCAUCACUUUAUUCAAAUAACUGUGAACUCUAAGCUGA